AUGAACGUUGAGAUUGCCGGGUGGGAUCAAACCUGCGAUCUACCAAACCCGGAAAAUCACGGGGAGACGCGUAUGGACGCAGUCAAACGCGCCUGGGAAGGUGCCAUGGAAAUGGCCGCCGACUCAUGGGACCGCUGGGAAAUAACCAAACCAAAACUUGAGGCCAUUGAAAAGAGUGGCGCAAACCCUGACUAUGUCGAUCAACUGGAUGUGGACAUUGAUGAUCCCGGAUACACACAAUUCUUUGCUCUGCGCUGGGACAAAGACUUCCGGGCUGGUAUUGAGAAGGUUCUGCACAACAUGAACACUCUUAUCAACUCCAUGCCAUCGCAGAAUGGGCGUCCAAAAACUGAGUUGUAUAUCUCGUGCAAUGACGGCGGGGUCGCCCAGUAUAAGUGCGAUAACGAUAUUGCCUUUGAAGUUGAUUUGCCCAAUGACGCGGGGUCCUUCAUCAACUUCUGUCCUCCUUUCUGGAAGCAAGCUCGUUUCGAUGUAUGGAAGAAGGCUGCGGCAAGCGAGAAACACUCAAACAAUGGCGGCCCAGCCGAUGUCAGCGAGAACGACUGGGAGACUGUGCGCAACCUCGAACGAUACGGAUUUGGGACCGAUGCAAGCAGCAUAUUCCACGAGCUUACUCAUGCGAGUUGGAUUGGAAACACCAACCCUCUUGUCGAUGGAAAACCUACACCUGCGGACAACACUGGAUUUUACAUCAACUCCCAAAUGUCUAAAAAGUGUCUCUCAAACAGUGCCAACUGCAAGGAUCUUGUCAAAAACGCCGAGUCGUUUACAUGGUAUGCCCAGUACGGAUAUUUCCGCCGUCGCGUUACUCCUCGGGCUGAAAUCUGGCCACUUUGGGGACCUCAGCAAAAGCCUAUUGUCCUGCCUGUAUAG